AUGGUAAAUUAUUACAGCAUAUUGGGAGUUGAAAAAACAGCAACUCAAAAAGAAAUUAAAAAAGCCUAUCGCAGAUUAAUUUUAAAAUGGCAUCCCGAUAGAAAUCUCGAUAUUAAAGAAACUGCCAAAAAAAAAUCCCAAGAAAUUAAUGAGGCUUUUAGAAUUCUGUCUGAUGAAGAAAUGAAAGAAUUUUAUGAUAAGUAUGAAGAACAUGAGGAAAGAAAUCGAGGACAAAAUAAAACUCAUUGCGAAGGUUGUAAAAGAGAUGUGCAUAGGGAAGGUAAAGUUCCAAAAAAGUGUGGGAUGAUAUUAAAGGCUGUUAAUGAACUAGAAGAUUUAAAGGAUAUGGAGAAACACAUUAAAGAAACGAUAAAAAAAGCGAAGAUUUUUAACGAACAAAAGAAAAACGGAAUUGGUUCCGAAAGAAAUGGAUGGAUUCAGGAAUUAAAAAAUUUGAGUGAUUGGAGUCUACUCAGCGAAACGCUUCAAAACGAGUUUAUUGAGAAAACGAAAAAGUGCCGAAAUGCUGACCGAUUUCAUAAAGUAUUAGAUGAAAUCGGAAAACUCCGUGAAAAAGAAGGAGGAAAUGACAAUCUUGCUGAACUCCGGGCUCAAAAUGAUAUUAAAGAGGCUCCCUCUAAAGAGGUCAUUUUAGAUAAUUAUCAAAACCUGGCCAAUAUUCUCAAACAAAUCAAAGAAUUACGCUCUACUAAUGCCUACCAGGAAAAAGAAGCGGAAAUCAAAGCCCUAGAAACAAGAUUACAAGAAUUAGAUCCUUCUCAAUAUCAAAAAACUUCCCAAGACUUACUAGAACAACAAAUAAAAAGUAAUGGGUUAACUGAAAAUAAUAUGGAUGAGGAAACCAAAAAAGCAGUAGCGGAAGCCAAACAAGACCCAACUAAUCCAGUCAAAAUCGCCCAAGCCGAAGAAAAAAUUGCUCAGAACGGAACCGAUAAUAAAUUAAACAGUCUGAUAACUCAAAGUUUAAAUAAACUUAAAAAAGGUAAUUUGACUAAAAAAGAGAAAGAAGAGAUAAUAAAUGAAUUUACAUCCUUUAUUGCUACUGAUAAUAAAUAUAAAAAAAUGGCUUAUCAAAAGCAAAAGCAGAAAGUUGAUGCUUUAUUAGCCCAAUUACAAGGAGAAGAAAAUCAGCAAGAAACUCCGCCAAUGGCUUGA